CACUCGCAUUAGCAACAGAAGAAGCUUCUAGGUCCUAAUUCAACUCUAAACUCUCAAACUCUUCAUUCAAACUCCCAUAGCCGAAUUCCCUUUUCUUUCUCUUUCUCAUGGCAUCCGCAACGCGUGUGGCGCACUGCGCACUCCGCCCGGCCCGAGUAUCAGCGGUACAGCCCAAGGAACAACCCGGCCCGGCACAGAUAUCCAUUCCCAAACCCAAACUGACCGAGGCUGAAGGCACCAACAUCGUUUUGCAGCCGCGCUUGUGCACUCUCAGAUCCUAUGGUUCCGAUCCAAUCGGCGUCAUAAAGAAGGACGGAAUAGACGGCAAUAAUGACGUGUCCCCUUUCUUCGCCACCCUCUCGGAGUACAUCGAAAGCACCAAGAAAAGCCAGGAUUUCGAAAUCAUCUCCGGUCGCCUCGCCAUGAUGGUGUUUGCGGCGACGGUUACGAUGGAGAUGGUAACGGGGAACUCGGUGUUCAGGAAGAUGGACGUUGAGGGAAUAACGGAAGCCGGUGGGGUGUGUUUGGGUGCUGUGACGUGUGCGGCACUAUUUGCAUGGUUCUCAAGUGCACGCAACAGGGUGGGUAAAAUCUUCACCGUUAGCUGCAACAGCUUCAUCGAUUCAGUUAUUGACCAGAUCGUUGACGGCUUGUUCUAUGAAACUGAGCCUCGUGAUUGGUUUGAUGAAUUGUGAUCGACAAUUCAUGAUGCAUGCAAACUACAUAAUAAUCUAUACCAUAUACUUGAUAUCGGAAAGCAGUGAUCUAUAUAUACACUACAUUUUGAAGGCGCUUGUGUGUAAAAAAUUACCAUUGACGUAGUUAGAUUCUCAUGAAAAAAUACAUAGAUAGAAUAAAUAAUGCGCAUAUAUCAUGUAUAAUUUGUUUGUAAUGGAAUGUUGAACCUAAAAGCUUUUUUCCCUUUAUUCAAGCAUAUGUAGAAGGAUGGAGAAAUUUGUUUUGAGAUGGGUGAUACCAACACUCAAGAUGCUAAAACUUGAUUCCUUCUAAUAUUAAUAAAAGUUGUAGUUAUCUCGA